AUGACCGCCUCGCUGCCUAUAAUACCCCCGCCGCGCCAGCAACCCGCCCGCCCCAAGCUGUCCAUCAACACCGAGCAGCCUCGCAUCCUAGGAAAGGGCGCCAGCCUCCGUCUCGACACGCUCAGUGCCGCCUCCCCGACUGUCCGCAACACGUACACAAACGCCUACGAGCGCCCCUCGACAGCCCCCACGCUGCAGCGCCCACAAAGACCCUCCCUGUCCAUUGAGAGCGACCUACCCGCUGCUGCAAACAACAGCGCCUCGACGCCCAGCUCUGCCUCCACCCUCUCCUCCGCCCUCACAUCAGCCUCGGCCGACUCUGCCACCAGUGCGCUGCCCUACAAGCAACCCCACAACCUCGUCUCCAUCCUCUCAAACAGCCCGGCUCGCUCAAUUGUACCGCGCAAGAUGGCCUCGAGCCGCCCCAUGUUCCCCGCAGAGAAGCACGUCUGCUUCCGCACCCCUCUCGAGGAGGAAAUCACCACAACCAGGUACACAAUGGCCCACUCUGACCUUGAGUCGUCCGUCUCUACCCUGUCCACCAUCUCGUCCGUUGCCUCGUCCACCGACUCGGACGUGUCAGCCGCACACCACUCAUUGAUUGUCAAUACUUCCAACACCUCUUCCACGACCAGCAUAUCGCCGCUGCAGCUGUCGCUCCAAAAAUCCACCUCGACCUUUGCAUCCGCCGAGAGCUCGCCGCGGUCAAAAGGUCCACGCGCUGGCGAUAAGCGAGAUUCGUCCUCGUCAGAAGACGAAAGCGACUCUUGUCCCCAGACCCCCAUCGCUGGACGACGGAAGAGGACAAGAGACUGGCGCUGGACCCUCGGCCCUCUGCCGUCAUCUGACAAGUCGUCUUCGUCAUCAGCCAGCGAAGCCACCACAAGCGACGACAGCAGCUGA